AUGGCGACGAAACCGCAGAAAAAAAUGAAACAAAAAACCAUGCAUGCCCACCUGGAAAGGAAUCAAGCUAUGGAGCAUGGUGAGCAAGAUGGCACCGAUAGGCCCAAAUCUCCAGCAUGCGAUUCUAAAACAGGAGACAGUAGACACAGCCAGGACAGCCCGGCGACAAACUCCUCUAUAAGAUCGAUCAUGCAGGAAUUGAAAGCCUCAUUUAAAGCAGACCUGCAGCAAAUGGCAGCAGACAUCAGGUCAGACAUUAACAGCAUAGGGGAAAGCACUGUGUGCCUGGAAGAGCGCACAGAGGAGUUAAUUGAUGCGCACAACUCCAUGGCUUCCACCCGAUGGCGACGAAACCGCACAAAAAAAUGA